UUAGGUGUGGUGAGGGUCUGGGAUCAGUGUAACCAGGUAACACUUCAGGACGAUACCAUGGCUCUGCAGCUGUACGGAGACUUGAACUCCCAGCCCUCCCGCUCCGUCUACAUCUUCCUCAAGAAGAACAACAUUCCUUUCGAGUACAAAGAGGUGCGGCUGUUCAUGGGAGAACAGUACUCCGAGGAAUACCAGAAAAUUAACCCCCUGGGAAAGGUGCCGGUUAUAAAGGACGGGGACUUUGUGCUGGCCGAGAGUGUGGCCAUCCUGAAGUACCUGGCUGGUAAAUACCGGACCCCCGAGCACUGGUACCCCACCGAGCUGCAGCAGCGGGCCCGUGUGGACGAGUACCUUGCCUGGCAACACUUCAGCCUGCGGCCACAGGCUGCUAAAGUCUUCAUGAUCAAGGGUCUGGUGCCAGUCGUCGCUGGGAGACCGGAGCCUGAGGCCAGCGUGAAGGAAGCCGUGGACGAGCUGAACCAGAGCCUGGAGAAGUUUCAGCAGAAGUUCCUGCAGGACAAGCCCUUUGUUGUUGGAGCUGAGAUCUCGCUGGCAGACCUGGUCGCCAUCGUGGAGCUGAUGCAGCCCCUGGGUGCCGGCUAUGACCCACUGGAUGGAAGGACCCCCCUCAUGGCCUGGCGAGAGAGGGUCAAGGCUGCCGUUGGACAAGGUCUGUUCGAUGAGGUCCACGCACCAGUCCUAAACACACAGCAGAGCCUGCAGUGGAUCACACAGAACCAGCCGGCGCUGUUCGAAGGCUUGAAAAAGAUCAUCCUCAAAAAGGGAAAGUAAAGUGUGGGCCCAACAAACUCACAGGUCACCCAGGGCCAGCAGCCGGAGAGGACAGCGCACAGUCCCACACACCGUCUGUACACAGUCCCACACACACCCGUCUGUACACAGUCCCACACACCAUCUGUACACAGUCCCACACACACCGUCUGUACACAGUCCCACACACACCGUCCGUACACACAGUCCCACACACACCGUCCGUACACAGUCCCACACACACCGUCUGUACGUGCAGUCCCACACACACCAUCCGUACACAGUCCCACACACACCGUCUGCACGUGCAGUCCCACACACACCGUCCAUACAUAGUCCCACACACACCAUCUGCACGUGCAGUCCCACACACACCCGUCUGUACACAGUCCCACACACACUGUCCGUACACACAGUCCCACACACACUGUCUGUACGUGCAGUCCCACACACACCGUCUGUACACACAGUCCCACACACACCAUCCAUACACACAGUCCCACACACACCGUCCGUACACAGUCCCACACACACCGUCCGUACACAGUCCCACACACACCAUCUGCACAUGCAGUCCCACACACACCGUCUGUACACACAGUCCCACACACACCGUCUGUACACAGUCCCACACACACCGUCCCUACACACAGUCCCACACACUGUCCGUACACACAGUCCCACACACGCCAGUCUGAUCUACCAUGUACGGACUACAUUCUUGUACGUUCUGCUGUGUUGCCCGCCACAGUGGGUUCUCUGGGUCACUUCUCUCGGGAACACUGAAUAAAUGUUCACACUGAUCUGCA